AUGAGCAUGAAGUACUCGACAGCAUUAAUCGCUGUCUCGACUAUUGCAGUGGCCUCAUACUUCCUCGUGAUAUGCAUCUACCGGCUCGUCUUCCACCCACUGGCCAAGUUUCCAGGACCAAAGCUGGCCGCCAUUUCAGAUCUGUGGUAUGCCUUGGCAUGGACGUCUGGCCGACAUCCAUUCAUUAUGGAGAAAGCUCACCUCAAAUAUGGCGAAGUGGUCCGAAUAGCACCAAAUGAGUUGUCAUUCGCCACGGCUCCAGCCUACCGUGACAUUUACGGUCACACCAUGAAGGGGAAACGGCCAUUCUACAAAACAUCGUGGUAUCAGACCACAGGCGACCAACCUGACAUUGUCACAGUCCUGGAUCCUCAGGAGCACACGAGACAGAGGCGAUAUCUAGCACACGCUUUCAGCGCAAAAGCCUUGCAUGACCAAGAAGUUGUCAUCCAUCGAUACGUCGAUCUCUUCCUCAAUCAACUGGGGCGGAUUGGCUGUGCAGGGGGGCCAGGUAUCAAUAUGGAAGAAGCGUUUACUUGGUUGACCUUUGAUAUCAUUGGCGACCUGACAUUCGGCGAAUCCUUCGACGCAGUAGGUCAAGGGAAAACCAACGUCUGGGUCUCCAUCAUCAUUGAUGGCGGUUACUUCAACAUGCUCAGCAGCCUCCGCAGGCGGCUUCCCCUCAUGAACCUAAUUCUCCCAUUCAUGCUCCCAAAGGACUCCGCCGCCAAGUACGCAAUGCACAACAGAUUAACCGGCGAGAAGCUCGAUAAGCGGCUUGAGAUGGGUGACUCGGCCCAUCGCGACGACUUCUUCUCCUACAUCCUUCGCAAAGGCGGAAACGAGGUGUCCAGAGCAGAGCUCGUGAACCAAUCUAGUACGCUGAUUGUGGGCGGCUCCGAGACUACGGCGACGUGCUUGCUUGCUCUGGCUUACUACCUACUCAAAGACAGAACACGUCUUGACAAACUGAACGAAGAGGUGCGAGCUGCGUUCGGAUCUGUUGGGGAAAUCACCGGCGAGUCUGCGUCUAGGCUGCCAUACCUCAAUGCCGUCAUCGAGGAGAGCUUGCGGAUAUUCUCGCCUGCUUCUUUCGGAUUACCGCGCACGUGUCCUGGAGCCGUUAUCGACGGACACAUGAUUCCGGAGGGAGUUACGGUGAGUGUCGAUCAGUGGGCUACAUCGCACAGCCCGCGAUACUGGAAGGAUCCGUACUCGUUCAUACCGGAGCGCUGGCUCGAUGAUUCUUAUGGAGACAACAAGGAAGCUAGUCAACCGUUUUCGAAGGGACCAAGAGCAUGUUUGGGGUCCAAUUUGGCGUAUCUGGAGAUGAAGAUUAUUGUGGCCAAGAUGGUCUUCUUGUAUAACUGGGAGCUGGUUAGCAAAGAGGUGGAUUUGAUGGGUCAAGCACGCUUGUUCCUUAUGUGGAAGAAGCCCGCUUUGAUGGUUCGUUUCCAUCGACGAGAGGAUCUUCCCAAGACAGACUGA